CACGCGGGGAAUAUCUGCCAAUGAGGGAUGAGGUUAAUCAUUUAAAAGUGUCUUCUGCAAGAAUAGAGCUUGGUGUUUUGUGUGUGGUGUGUUUCUUUCGGGCUCCUUGGAUGUCAAAGAAAUGGCAACACAUAUUUUCAUAGAAAAAGAGAAUGGUGAAACUGGCACAGCUUCUUCUAAGGAUCGACUGAAAUUGCGAUCAGCACCUUCAAAGUCUUUUGUUGAAAGAUCUUGCCCCAAGACUCCACUUGUUGGCAGGACAGCUAAUGUAAAUCCAGCAACAUCCCAAUCAGUCAGGAAGGCUUUAGGAAUUUUGAAUAGGCCUCCAACAACAAAGAGUCAGUGCUCAAAAGGAAAAAAGUAUUCUACAAAAAAGGCUACUGAGACAACAAGCAGAAUGGAAGGCUGCAGCAUGGUUCCUGAAGACUGUCCAGAAAAGGAGAACCUCUUUUCCUAUAAUCCUUUAGACUUUGAGAGUUUUGAGGUUUCUGAAGAGCACAGACUGAGCCACAUGUCCCUGACUGGGGUUCCUCUUAUGGUAUUUGAAAAUGCAUCUGACAGUUUUGCAAGCACAAUCCCCAUACCUAUGAAACAGCCUUCAAUUCCGUGGGGCUAUGAUACCCUGCAGUCAACUCAAGACUUCCUGGCUACUUUGGAUGAAAUAAUAAUUGAUCUUCCCCCUCCCUUAUAAUAUGUAAACAAGCUUAUCUUUUUUUAAAGCUAAAUCUUGAGCAGGUUGUAUUAAUUUUCAUAAUAAAGAAUGUGGAUUACAACUGCAA